AGGCCUGAGCACCUCGAGGAACAAGUGAGCAGUAGCCGUAUGGGCCCGGAGACUCUUCAGGUUCAAGACAGCCAUUCAUUCUCGGCCUCCGUCCCUCGUGGUCAACGUUUGGAACAUCCUUUGUCAUCUGUUGAGGACUCUCAUUAGCAGAAAGGGACUUGAAGAGACUAUUCUAGUCCAGUUCCCUCCUCCUUAGGUGGGGGAAUAUAAAGAUAGCAGCUUUGAAAUAUUUCUCUGGGCCCAGUUUUUAGUGAUGGUCUUUCAGGUGUGGCCAAAGGGGCUACUUCUGCUGUGACGGUCCCCUCUGGGCACACUGUGCUGUGUGAACGUCUGUCUCCUGGAGCCUGGUCAGCGUGCCCGGGGCGGCCGUAACUCCCUGGCCGGGCCCCUGUUCCCGGACCACGGGCCACACCAGCUGUGAUCUGCCUCGCGGCUGUGCGCCUAGGAAACGCGCUUAUCCGUCUAACCUGCGCUCUUCUGACCGCUAGUGCCACCCGGGACACGCGCCGUGGGCCACCUAGCUCUUGCAGGGUCACCAGGCCCCUAACCAAGAGCUGGCGUUGGUGUGCCCUCUUCCCUUAGGACUCUUGUGGGCCCUUCCUUCCGCCGGGACCAGAGGCCCCAGAUCCCUGAACGUCUCCGGACUCUGCCUGGAGAUGUUUUCCCAGACGGGACCGAGCUUUGUGUGGCCCGCUGUUUAGAGAAGCUUCCCCCGCCCCUGCCUCUCCACACGGCUGCCCUUCUCUGCACACCUCUGAGACACAGGGGGACACAGCUGUCCACGGAAAUAAAGGCUCCUCAGCUCUUUGGUUGCAAACCAGAUAGUGGAAGACAGACAGCAGGGCCCCGUGCGGGGAAGCACGCGGAGGACGCGGGGCCCCUUCCCCUGCGGUCUGAGGGAAGGGGGCUGAGCCCUGCAGUUACUGGAGCAAUGGCUUCGGGGGCGAUGACUUCCUCCAGGAACCAGCACUAUUCAAGUACAUGAAAACCUUGUGCAGAUCACAGGCUGCGGCGACAGCCCUGCUAACAGUGUGUACCUCUGAUCAGAUUACAGGCUUUGAUUCUGAGAACUCUUCUGGGGAAUUUCCAGAGGCCAAUCAGAGAGUCGCUGCAGUGAUGUGUGUGGACACCAGCACAAGUAAUGGGGUCGGAAAGGUCGGGGAGAGGCCCCCUCGAGAGAAUGGAAUUCAGAAGCACAGGACCUCGUUGCCUGCCCCGAUGUUUACCCGGAGCGACUUCAGUGUGUGGAGCAUCUUAAAGAAAUGCAUCGGCCUGGAGCUGUCCAAGAUCACCAUGCCCAUCGCCUUCAAUGAACCUCUGAGUUUCCUCCAGCGGAUCACGGAGUACAUGGAGCACGUGUACCUCAUCCACAGAGCCUCCUGCCAGCCGCAGGCCCUGGAAAGGAUGCAGUGCGUAGCUGCCUUUGCGGUAUCGGCGGUGGCUUCCCAGUGGGAGAGGACCGGCAAGCCCUUCAACCCGCUCCUGGGAGAGACGUAUGAGCUCAUCAGGGAGGACUUAGGGUUCAGAUUUAUAUCUGAGCAGGUGAGCCACCACCCCCCCAUUAGUGCAUUUUAUUCAGAAGGCCUCCAUCAGGAUUUCCUGUUUCACGGCUCCAUCUACCCGAAGCUGAAGUUCUGGGGCAAGAGCGUGGAGGCCGAACCCCGGGGCACCAUCACGCUGGAGCUGCUUAAACAUGGUGAAGCCUACACGUGGACGAACCCCACGUGCUGCGUGCACAACGUGAUCAUCGGGAAGCUCUGGAUAGAGCAGUACGGGACCGUGGAGAUCGUCAACCACAGAACCGGAGAUAAGUGUGUGCUUCAUUUUAAACCAUGUGGCCUGUUUGGAAAAGAGCUUCACAAAGUGGAGGGACACAUCCAGGACAAAAACAAAAAGAAGCUCUUUAUGAUCUAUGGAAAGUGGACAGAGUGCUUGUGGGGAAUAGACCCUGCUGCAUACGAGUCCUUUAAGAAACGGGAGAGGAGAGGUGACCACCUGAGCAAGCCGCAGCUGGACGACAGCGCCCAGAAAGGUGAUGGCGAUGUGGCCGAUGCCGUGCCCGAGGCUCAGGAGACCGUGCAGGUCAUUCCAGGCAGCAAGCUUCUCUGGAGGGUCAACACUCGACCCCCCAACUCUGCCCAGAUGUACAACUUUACCAGCUUCACUGUUAGCCUCAACGAGCUGCAGAGCGGCAUGGAGAAGACCCUGGCGCCCACGGACUGCCGCCUGCGGCCCGACAUCCGGGGCAUGGAGAACGGCUACAUGGAGCUGGCGAGCCAGGAGAAGGAGCGGCUGGAGGAGAAGCAGCGGGAGGCCCGGAGGGAACGAGCCAAGCAGCAGGCCGAGUGGCAGACGAGGUGGUUCCAUCAAGGCAGCAACCCCCACACGGGGGCCCCUGACUGGCUGUACGCAGGGGGCUACUUUGAACGGAAUUUCUCACAUUGCCCGGAUAUCUACUGAGGGGUCCGAGUGGCCCUCUCGAUCCGGAACUGGAGACCGGACUCCGUCAGGUGGCCGCCCCGAGCUUCCAUCACCGCACAAACUGGCUUUUAUGGCGACCGUGUCCACGGAGACAGCACCGUCCCCGGUCGAGGACUUGAUUCUAAUUAACUUUUGAUCGCCAAACAUUUUACUACUGUUGCAGCCUCUUCAUAAAGCUUCACUCGGAAUCAUCAUGUUUUCAUUAAGGGCGGGAAGGACAGUCCUGUGCCUCCCUUCGUGUGACAGGACUCAGCCAGGCCUGUUACACGGCGCCCUCUUCGUCAUCAAGUUUAUACGGGAAGUAAGUAACCGGGGGGGGGGGUUAGUUCCAAGCCUCCCCCCCCCCCCCGUGUCCCUCCUAGCACAGUGGCAAAGGGUUUCUGAGACUGUUGUGAAUUUGAACCAAUAACAGGAGAAGAUGGAUCUUGAAAAUAAUCCUUCGAAGAGCUUUAUGCGGGCCAGGAAUUGCUCCCUAAAUUACGGUAACACAAAAGUGAAGAUUUUCAAAGCGUCAGAUGGAAUGAAAUGAAAAGCUGUCAGAUUCUGUAUUUUUUACCAAUCUUCAAUAAUGUAAAGAUUAAUUUUAAAAUAUUUAAGUUAAAACUACUUGAAUAGUAUUUUGCUGAAGAGCAAGAUAUGCAUUAAUCACCAAGUGUAUACUGUCCAAAACGAAGCAUUAGCGUGACAGCCUGGGGUGGCUAGGAACCCUGAGCGUGGUGACGGCCUCCCCAGGCUGCUGCCAGCCUCUGUCACCGGGGCUCGUGGCCUCUGGUCCAGGCCCAAGUCACAGAGGCUCGCCGUGCCCACGGCCGGUGCACCCUGCGGCAGGUCUGAUGCAAGAGUCACUACGGCCGUGUCAUUAAGAUCACGUAACAAAAAAUAGGUGUGUGUCCAGCCUAGAAACAUGCCUUCCGGUGGCUCCUCUUUCUGUGGACGUGUCAACGCCGCAGGCUGCGCGCGGCAGCGCUCCCGCCGGAGGCCGUACGGAGCGCUGCUUUCUCGAUGGCAGGCUGUCGUCACCGUCUGGGCUUUGACGUCACAUGUGUCAUUAAAACACUUUUAAAAGCGAA